ACAAAUUUUCAAUAGAUUUGAAGGUUAAAUAUUAAUUUUUUUUAUUUAACAUCAACAUUUAAAGAAGAAGGAGAGCUUUACGUUGGGGAUCUGGAGCCUAGCGUGGAUGAAGGACAGCUUUUUUUGAGAUUUUUAACCAAGUGGCUCAGAAGAAGAAGGAAGAACAAAUUGUAUGGCUGCAGAGACAGGAACAAAGAGGAAGCUAAUGGAAGAGAAAGCAGCUAGUUUUUCCAAAAAGACAUCCAAUUGGCCUCUAAUCAAGCCUAAACAAAAUCUCAAGAUCACUCCUAUCAAAGAGUCUGAUCUUUUCACAGUUCAAAACUUCCUUACCUCUAUUGAAUCAAAUGCAUUUAUUAGAGUUGCCGAGUCUAUUGGUUUUACUCACCAAGGGAGUCUAGGUCCAACAAUGGGAGAGGCGUACCGAGAUAAUGAUCGGAUAUCAGUGAAUGAUCCUGUGCUUGCAGAUACAAUAUGGGCUUCUGGUCUUAACCAAUUGUUCUCUGAUAUUAGAAUUCGAGGAAAAGUUGCUGUUGGGUUGAAUCCUAAUAUCAGGUUCUACAGGUACAAAGUGGGUCAACGUUUUGGUAGGCAUAUUGAUGAAAGUACAAAUCUUGGAGAGGGAAAGCGCACCCAUUAUACAUUGUUGAUAUAUUUAAGUGGAGGUGUUCUCAAAGGGAAAAAUAAUCCAAAGAAUCCAAAGGAAUCUCAAUCAGAGCCUCUAGUAGGAGGAGAGACAGUCUUUUAUGGGUCAAGGAAUAGUGUUGUAGCCGAGGUGGCUCCGAUUGAAGGGAUGGCUCUUCUACACAUUCAUGGGGACAAAUGUUUGCUGCAUGAAGCUCGAAAUGUUAGUAAAGGUGUUAAGUAUGUAUUUCGUUCGGAUGUAGUAUUUGCUUAAACACCGAUCUAAGGUGCUCAUUGAGUUUGUCUACCUUGUGUUAAUGAAACUUUUUUUUUUUUUUUUGAAAUAUUGAGGUUUGUUACUUUGUCUUGUUUAGAAGCAUUGACCAUCACUAUGUCUUCAUUAUUAGCACUUGCACCAUGGACAAAUCAAAUGAAUGGCCUCUCCUAGUUCUUUUCA